AUGACGGAACUCAACAUCCCAUCCUCCCAACACGUUGUAGACGUUUCUGUCAUUGACAGCACGGCUCGUAUCAAGGUUCCCACUGGAUUCUUCAUCAAAGACCCCGUCAAAGGUCAUGAGAUCUUGGAAUGCCCUGCGUAUUCCUUUCUCAUUCAGCACUCAACUGGAAAAAAGGUUCUAUUUGACCUGGGACUUCGGCCCGAUGUCAAGUCUUUUCCCCCUAUCAUUGUCAAAGGGAUGUCAAGCUUGGAUAUGAGUGCAGAAAAGGGAAUUGCUACAAUUCUUGAAGAAGAAGGCAUUGCCCCGGGAGACAUUGAGGCCAUCAUUUGGAGUCACUGGCAUUGUGACCACAGCGGUGAUCCCUCCACCUUCCCUCCGGAAGUGGACCUUGUAGUUGGUCCAGGGUUUAAAGAGAAACUUCUCCCUGGCUAUCCUGCAAACCCCAAUGCCCUCAUCCUGGAGAGUGACUAUUCGGGGCGCAAUCUGCGCGAGAUUGACUUUUCAACGGGACUGAUAAUCGGACAGUUCCGCGCCAUGGACUACUUUGGUGACGGCAGUUUCUACUUGCUCGACUCUCCUGGUCAUGCAAUUGGACACCUCUGUGCCCUGGCCCGCACCACUCCCUCGACAUUCAUCUUCAUGGGCGGCGACGGCUGCCACCACACUGGUUCUCUAAGACCCAGCCAGUACCUCCCGCUACCAAAAGAACUCUCACCUUCACCAUUCUCCAUCCCACCUCACGCCGAGGGGACCGUCUGCCAAGGUGCUCUUCUAGAGGCGAUUCGCCCUAGUCACAGCAACACUGAACCGUAUUACGGUCGACUGGCGUCCGCUACCGGUCGUGAUGUUCCUGAAGCCGAGGCUACUAUCGAAAAGAUGAUCGGUUUUGACGCCAGUGAGAAUGUGUUUGUUAUAAUCGCGCAUGACAGAGGCCUCUUGGACGUGAUCGACUUUUUCCCAAAGAAGGCCAAUGAGUGGAAGGAGAAGGGAUGGAAGGAUGCUAGUCGGUGGAGGUUCCUGGAGGACUUUAAAGGUGCCCUUCCUGCCGCUUGA